CGGAGUCGUUCAGGUAAAGGUGGAUCUAUCGCCAUCAUUACAUGCGCGUGUUAGUUGACGGUGAUUGAUUCGGUAAAUAACUUGAUGACGUGUUCCAGUUCUCCGUGUGGAUCAUCUUCACUAACUGAGGCCAUCACGGGCGGACUGUUUUACCGUCGUGUGUUCUAAGUGCUCCAAAGUUGACGUCGAUACGCUGUGUUUCAUGGGACAAAAAAUGGAUUACUCUUGAGUUACGUGGCCAGCUCACACUCCACACUCCUGUUUCCCCGCGCGGGGGGGGGGGCAAGGCGGGGAAUAGAUUUUUUUUAAAAAGUUUACCCAUCAAAAGAGUUUAUGGAUGAGCUCAGUAUAAUACGAGAGUGCGCGCCUGCAUAGUAUUAAUCUUGAGGGGAAAGACAUUUGUAAACACAUUCAGAUUACGAGACAUCUUGAUAUUCACGAGUGACUUCACGGGGAUUAACUCUGACGGGAUUUUCGAAUUGAAGAGUUUUGUUUAAGCCGUAAGUAAUCGUCUUUUUUAUAUUGAAUAAAGUAUGUGAUAAAAUGUACCGACAUUUUGUAAACUAAAAAGACAAACAACAACAACAACAACAAAACAAAGAAAGAAAUAUACAAAAUAAAAUUUAUUUUCGUAAUUCAAAGUGCAUGGGAUUGCGUGCCACGAGGGUAGCAUCGUCCUAAAGACUUGGCAUCCAGUGUAGAGCGGUCAAUAGCGGUUGUGCUCCGCUCUACUCAAAAUGCAUCUCUUUGUUUCACUCUUGAUUGGUUCCAAACGUCGAAUUUCUGUGCAAACAAUCGUGAUUAGAGUAAACUUAGUAAUAAAAUGAAGCUCAUUUAUUUCGUUCUACGUGUGACACCACGGCCGUUGUGAUGUAAAUUUGCAGGACGCCACAACUUGUCUUUAUUUUUAUUGCGCGGAUAAUACAUGAAGGACUGCGUUCAAGCUGUGUGAUGGAAAUAGUGGAACACAAAAUGUGGAACGUAUAAACUUGAAAUAUAAAGACGGGACUAUGAGAUAUGAACGUUUGGGUUAAAAGCUUUUUUUCCAGCAGACAGGACAAAUGAAGAAACAACAAGAAAUAGAAACUAUGUAUUGCGUUGGAUGAAUAAUGUGCAUUAUUUGUCACGCAUAUGUAAAAAAUAAAUUGUUUUGAUUUUUCUUUAAACCAUUCAAAAUUUUGCUUGUGCAUGUUGACAUCAAAAGAUGAAAAAUGUUCACACUAAAUUUGAAGGCCUAAAAAAGGGGGGGGGGGGGGGGAAAAAAAAAAAAAAAAACUUUUUUUCCGGGAACGAAAAUUAAUUAUACUUCAUUGGCACACUUCACAAAAUUCUGCCCCACCAUGUGAUAUUACUGGCUUAUGAUGGACUAAAAAAGUUUCAUUAAGUGUUUGAAAUUUAUUUUACUUUCAGUCUAAUAAUAUUCAUUCGCCAGUAUACAAUUACACCAUAAAUAAAGUUAUAUGUUUGUAAUGGUUACAUCAUCACUCGGAAGUCAAUCCUUUUUUUGCAUAUGAGCACCACACGAUAUUCUAUGGGUGCAUGUAGCCAUACAAGGUACAACUUUGGCUACUAAGAACUGAAACAUGACUCCACCAACUAAUUUUGACAAGGGCCGUGUUGAUCUAUUUUAUGGGAAACACUUGAUACCAAAGCUAGAAUAAAAAAAAAUAAGACCAGGAUAUGCAUAUGCGCACAUUAGAAGUAAGCGAAUUCGUAAGUGAUAGGAAGCUAUAUUUAUAUAAAUUCCGAGAAAUAAAGCUUUCCAUUGAUACCAAAUACAAUGUGGUCGCGUGAUGCUAAGUACUUGUUACAGUUCUUAAAUACAUUUACCUCCCGACCUUCAAUUUAUUUGUUUUUGUUCUUGUCAAUGUUAUACUAUGGACUUAUUCUAAAAAGAAGAAAUCCAUAGUGGAAGUCGAGAAUGGGGGGGGGGCAAAGGGGGGGGGGAAUGACACCAUGAGUUUACCGCACCGGGUGAAACCAACCCUACCUACGACACUGGUAAGGACUACAUUAAAAUUAUAGACCUUUCUAUUGAUGUAAAAGUCGUUUAAUGUAAUGUUAUUAAAACCUUCAAACUAGUGAAGUUGCAAUAAAUAAACAAAUAAGAAUACCGAUGUACGCACACAGCAACAAAAAAAUCUUUGGCUUAUAAUCAGGAGCGGCCAACUUUCGGAACAGUUGAGUAGGUCCACGAUGUUUUUUAAUCGAACCGUGCACGCCUCUUUACCUUGAUAAAUGUACGGAUCACCAGCAAUGUUCCCUUUAAGCUGCGCAGCAAAAGCAAUCGCACAGACGCCGCGCAGCAGUUUUGAGUACCGCGCAGCUAAUUUCCACUUAAGUGUGUGUUUGUGACCGCCGGCUGUAAAAUUUUGCGCACAAAAAAAAUUGAUGCUGUAAAAAUGUGAUGUAUGAUUUCGCACACGAACCAGCAAACCUUAGCGGGAUCAUUGGUCACCAGGUCUAUCGAGUGUAAGUGUGGUGAUAUUUUAAAGUUUCCAAUAAUUGUAAUCCGUUAAAGCCACCAAUUAACAUUCUUGUUGAAAAUGACAAUUUUUGUUAUCAAAUAUCAGUUCAUUUAAUUUUUCUCCAGGGGGGGGGGCGCUUGACUUGCUUCGGGGAGGGGGCAGUGACCCCCCCCCCCCUCCAAAAAAAGAUGCCCGAAAGAAAAACCGGUGGCACUAACCCUAGCUAGCUACGUGUCUUGGUUGGAUUCGAUAAAAAUAACUUUUAUUAUUAAUCGAGUCAGCUUCUCGUUGAAGCAACUUUUUCUCCCCUACGAGAAAGCAUUCGAGUUGUGGUGAGCGUAAAAGGGUUAUCAAGUCAAACACCUCUCCUCGCUUUUCCUGAGCACAUGUGCGUGGAUGUCACCGGGACGUGCAUUAAACCACCUGUCCCCACCCCCCCCCCGGUCCCCUGCCCAGGGUUUGUCAAAUGCGACAUUCGCAAACAAGACGUGACGUCUCUUCCUGUUGCACCAACAACUCCCGCCCCAUCCACUUAUGAGACUCACUGCCCUUAUGAGACUCACUGCCCUUAUGAGACCCACUGCCCUUAUGAGACUAACUUCCCUUAUGAGACUCACUGGCCUUAUGAGACUCACUGCCCUUAUGAGACUCACUGCCCUCUAUGAGACUCACUGGCCUUAUGAGACUCACUCCCCUUAUGAGACUCACUGCCCUUAUGAGCCUCACUGUCCUCUAUGAGACUCACUGCCCUUAUGAGCCUCACUGCCCUUAUGAGACUCACUGCCUCUGAGACUCACUGCCCUUAUGAGACUCACAGGCCUCUAUGAGACUCACGGCCCUCUAUGAGACUCACUCCCCUUAUGAGACUCACUGCCCUCAAUGAAACUCACUGCCCUUAUGAGACUCACUGCUCUUAUGAGACUCACUGCCCUUAUGAGACUCACUGCCCUUAUGAGACUCACUGCCCCUAUGACACACACUGCCCUUAUGAGACUCACUGCCCCUAUGAGACUCACUGCCCUCUAUGAGACUCACUGCCCUCUAUGAGUUUGUUAACCCAAAUUAUUUGGUGAACACGCUUAACGUUUUGUCUACACAUACAAUCAUGGCUUGAGUGUGCUUCUUGGUUGUUGGACGAGUUACGGUGAUGCUGUUGUGUGCGGAAAGCAAUUGCGCCGAGUACUUCAGAUGACUGCUCGUCUAAUAUUUGCUUUAAAUAACCCGUCCCCAGUGGCUUUGUGGCGCCAUAUGGCAGAGAUGUAUCGAUCAUGCAUAUCGUAUACUGCGUCUGUUCUCACUGGGCGUGUUUGGGGUUAGGUAGGGUGGGGCGAACUAUUCUGUGUCAGAUGCUUUGAAGGUAGUGGAGCUGGGUUACGUUGACCUACAUGGCACACAGUACACCAGGUUGACAGAUGCGCCGGUGGAGUUUAGGAUAAGCUGGCACGACGGACAACCGCUACUUUAAUAGGCGGACAAAAUAACGUUACUGGCAGAUUUACCGUGUGUUUAGCCUCGGGGACAAUGUGUCCAGCGGACGAAGAGGAUUCAAGACUUGGUCUGACAAUUUGUAGAUGAUGCGAGACUUAGUUAAACAAUGCGCAGUGGGGUAUAGAAAAUAGAAAAGGUUGGGAAGACUGGAGUCAUUACUCGCUCAUUCAAUCCUCGAUAAUAGGACAAAAUAAACAUGCAUGAAACAAUUUACCCAAUUUUUACUAAUUUAGGAUUUACUACGACUUAUGAUCAAAAUAAAAACUAAUGGGAGUUAUAUAUAUUUUCUUACUCUUUUCUUUACAGAUUAACAUCGGCACUAAGCGAAAUCGUCAGAAAGUCAUGAUUUCUAUACAAAAGACAACGUUAUUUCUUCUCUUUGCUUUGGGUUUGAGUCCUGUGACUAUUUUAUCUGCGAGUAGUCUGUUGGAAGAAUUAGGCCUAACCGGUAGGUGCCUUUUUAAAAAUUAUUUUUAAAUAAAGAAGUUUCUAUUGGGCUCCUGUUAGUCACUGCUAGUAUCAUUCUAAAUAUUAUGAGAAUGUAAUUAAUCAAGGAUUUAUAAUUAAAUUAUGAUUGAUUGAUUCUUUCAUUUAAUGCAGGUUAUUUACAAAGUGCAAACAAGAGAUUGUGUCUUCUGGUAUAUUUUUGUGUUAUUUGAGAAGGUUACUAUUAGUCUUUGGACCUGUUUAUUUAAGGAAUAGGCCUAUACAAUUAUAAUGUAAAUGGCAAGACUGUACCAGUGUUGCAUAGACAUACGAUUUUUAAUCCAGCGCUGUUGUCUUCUUUCUUUGUUGCUUUGUCGUUGUCGUACUCCUCCUCAAGAAAGGAACGGUUGAGGCGACAACACUAGACACGUUUGUGUCUAUUGCCUCAAGCCUUCAAAACCCUAGUGCAUGAUUUCCUCAUCAACACCAGUAACAGAAACAUUGCAAAUCCCAUCUAAAUGCAUAGGAGUAGGAGCCAAAAUGAUCAAUAAAUUGAUCGUGGGCUCUUAAGAUAUAGAAGAAGAAGAAGAAGAAUCAGAAUAGCUGCCAUACCUGGCAAAUGGAUCUGUUCCAUUUGGCUAUUUUAAUCUUGUUUAGUAUUUACCGAUUGUGCCAAAUGUUCUUCAGCCUUGCUGCAAAAAAGAUAUAGAUGUAUGGAUUAUCUUAAGUAUUAAACAAUACCAUUUUCAUAUUAAUCCAUUUUUUAAAAUUUGACUUUUGACAUAUUACUUGACAUAAUUGUUUCUGCUUUUGAUUUGUUUUAUUAACGACAAAACUUGUCGCAAGUUUAAUCCUUAGCCUUAUUAAAUUAGUCUAAACUAAGUAACUUAAUAUCUUUACAGCAUCUUGACUAAAUCUUUACUUAACUUAUCUUUUUUUUUACAUUGAUCAGUGUUGGGUAAUACUGUUUGAAAUAAUACAUUUUCAAAGUAUGUAUUGAAUAAUGUAAAAAAAAUAAAAUAAUAUAAUUCCUGCCGUAGAUAUGUCUGGAAUUUAAAUAAAAAAAAAAAAAAAAAAAAGAGAGAGACAACCCUUUGAAACAGUGUUGUAUUUUCGGAGUAUGCAGUUACUUCCCCUUUAAACACAUUUUCUCUACAUUAAGUCAUUAAGAAGUUUUUAGAAAAAAUAUUUGUAGAGAGUAUAAUUUUUGAUUAGUUGAAAUCUAAAAUAUUAAAUUUAUGAAAACAGUUAUCAUUCAAACCAUCAUUGAUAAUUAGUUCUAGUUGGUCAGAUUUCAUGAACUUUGACAACUAGACAUAAUCAGAUUGAACUUUUGACAUAGACUGAAAGUGAUUAUUCUGACAAGUGGCUUGUACAACUGACUAUAAUGAAAUCUAUUGUUAAAUCUAUUGUUGUUCCCAGUGUGAGCUCAGGUAUAGACUUGAAUUAGAAGUAGAUUAUGUAACUCAGCAUUGUCUUGCUGCACACAUUCUUUCACUAUAAAAUAAUAUGAUAUUAUAUGAUGUUUCUUAACACAAUUAUUAUUAAUUUUACCCUGUUCUACAACUGAUGCCCUUGUUAUUGCCAAUCUCCUGGAAUACGGCAUUAUAAUUAUAACCAAUUAUAAUUGCUGGAAAGUUUUAAAAAUGUGGUAUUGAAUAUUGGUGAAGAAAUUUAGACAAAUUAAUUAAGAGGAGUCUUCUAACACAUGGCCAUAUUCCACUAUAUUAACAUAUACGCACAAACUAGAUUAAGCAGCUAAUUAGCUAAACAAUAAAUUCUCAUGAAGUGAAAGAUUCCAGAAGAAGAUUUAUUUAUAAAGCUAAGGUACUUUCUUUACUAAGCUCAUUUCUUAUCAAAUAGUGAAAUUGUAUCACUAAAAGCUAAAGUUCUUCUAUUGUGAAGUUUAUUCUGGGGAAAAAAUUGUUUUAGGCUUAUAACAUUGGGUGGUAAUUCAGCCAUAAAGUAUAUUUAAAUGCAUGUAAAUUAUAUAUAUUCUGACUAGGAUGUUCCUGUGCAUUUUUAUUUAAAAUAAAUAUAACAUCAUAAUCAUAGGGAUCAAAUUUAUUUUGUUCACAGGGAACAUUAUUGGAAGAGAGUUUGUUUAUGUUGGGGAUGAGUUGCAGUUAACUUGUGUCCUAGACAGCAAUGAAUUUACAGCCAGCAACAUAACAUUCACAGUCUAUUAUCCUUUUGAGGUACUGUGUCAUCUGGAUAAUUGUGAUAAGGGAAUCUUUAAGGAUUUGGGAUUUAUACUAAUUUAAAUUAUGAAUCUGUCAUAAUAAUAUUACAUAAAUUGCUUACACAUUAAAAGCAAUUAAAGAAAUAGUCAUUAGCCAUAGUCUGCUGGGUGCUGGGUUGCCGAGUAGUCUAAACUGAGCAAAUCUCAAGUUGAUGGUCUGGAGUUCAGACCCCACCAAAGCAACUCAUCCUAGAGAAGGAAACUCUGAAUUCAAACCCGGAGAUGGAGACCCGUAGGCGGAUAACAUUGCCACAAUGAAACAUUCCGACAACUCCUGUGAUGCCACUGGUGCCAAGCUGCAUCAUCCACAUGAUAAUCCCUUGGGUUAUCUAGUGGCGUGGAGAGAAGUGAUUUGCUGUUGGGAACAAGCUUAUGAUCCUAGAAGAAUAAUCCCAGGCCUUGUGGAUUUCGUCCUGCAAAGUCCUCACAAUCGUCACAUUGUGAUGGACGAAUGCCAGCAAUAGUCUGCAAUAGACAGAAUUUGCUAAACAAUUUGCUUGAUAAUUUAAGAAAUUUAGUUUUUUAUACAAAUUUGCAUUUUUAUCUUAUUUGUAUCAUCUUUCAUUAUAACAUUUGGAUAUUAUUUAUAGUUUCUUAUUGAUGCUACCCUGUAACUAUACAACAUGAUCAUAAAAAACACAUUUUGAUUCCCAUGGUAGAUGUUAGUAGCUAAUACCCUUAAUCUUUAAAUAGCCAUUUCUCAGUUUCUAGAAAUUAUCCUGUUGUUUGUCGCCACAAAUGUUGACAAAUGUUUAUCAAGGGGGUGGCUACACUAAAAAGUUUAAGAACCACCAACAUAUCUUGUAAAAGAGUUAAUUUCAAACUAUGGAAAGGGACAUACAGCCGUGUGACCAGCAUGUUAGAAAUCAAAAUUAAACUCCAGUAUAAAGCAUACAUGAUUUGGAUUUUAAAAAAAUACUAAUAACGAAACAAUAGACAAAAUUAACCAACGGAAAUGGACAGAUUUUCAUCCUCAGGACUAAUUGUGUGUGUGUAUAAAUCUCUUUCAACAGAGUAAUGAUACUAGAAAAUGUAUCAACCAGCAACAGGUUUAUGUAAUCAAUGAUUCAACGGCAGUGCUUUCAGUGCCAAACGUCAGCAGAGCUGGACGAGCAGAGUACUCAUGUUUAGUGGCAUCUGAAUGCAUAAACAACAUGCCAUCAUCAUCCGGAGAAUGGGUUGCUUCAUUAGACAUUUCUAUACAAUGUAACUACAAAUGAUCUUUAUUUAAUGUGUUAAUGCUAAUUAGAUCUUAUAGAUGGAUUCCAAGAGCUUAUUUUUUAAAAUAGUCAUUGAAAGGGAAAUAUGUAAAUUUUAAAAAAUUCAAGAUGACUAAAAAAUUAAAGUUAAAGAGGUAAAAUUUCUACAAGUAAUACUAUACACUUCUUAAUGAAGUCUAGACCUAAGCUCACAUCAAGGUGCUGUUUAUAUACUUCAACAGUAAGCUAACGACAUUUAUAUUGUGAUGAUAACACUUGAUUUGAUAUAUUAAAUUUGCUGCUCUGUAUAAUUAUAAAUUAUAUUAUAAAAUUCUACAUAGAAAUAUAAAAUAAUAUUAAAGGUCAAUUACAUAUAUUUCGGAAUAAAUAAAUCAAGGAUCCCCAAACUUUGAUAGAUAAAAUAAUAGAAAUGUCGAAAUUGCCAGAUAAAUUUCAACUUUCAAGGGGAGCAGUUUUCAAUCAAUAUUUUACAGCACAAUGUGUGCUUCAAUAUUUUAAAUUCAAAUGAAAAAAAUUUAAAACAAAUAAUUUUUUGUUUGGCAUUUUACAUUCAAAAUCCAUCUAAUCAAAUGUAGUAAUUAUAAUAAUUUUUUUUUUUGGAUCUCACUAAAACAGCCGAUUCUUUAUAAAUACCAGCAGGUUGGGGCACAUAAUUUAAGUAAUUAGUUUUAGCAUGUCAAAAGAAAACUAAAGGUUGAAAAAAUGUUGCACAUAGGAAAGUUUGUUAAAUUGGGCCUCAAAAGGAAGAAACCAACAGAAUUCUGUUAUGUUAUAUGAUUAAUAUUUGUCAUGACAUGUGGGAUGAAAGGGUUAUGAAGGAAACUAAAAUUAAAAGUUCAACAUAUUUUUCUAUGUAAAUUAUUAGUGUUUUGUCUUGCUUUUAACAGAUCGUCCUCAAAAUAUUACCAAUUUUACCUGUGUGGUUUUUAAUUUUAAUGAGAACAUGAAUUGUACCUGGCAACAUCCUGUGCCAUAUGAUGUAACUCUCAACGACACAAAGGUCUCCUUGGUCUACACUACAGAUCCACAAAGGUAUCUGGUAAUGAUUGAUUGGAAUAUUCGUUUGAUAAUUUCUCUUCUUUUGAAAAAAAAACUAACAUUCAUUAUUCAACUUAUAAUUCAGGGCUAAUUUGGAGAGAUUAGCACCCUGACGUCAUUUGCGUGUCUUGUCCCUGGUUCCCAUAGGGUCAAAACCCUGGUUCCAAUAGGGUCAAAACCCUGGUUAGGGAUAAGUUUAGAGUUCAGGUUAGGUUUAGAUUUAGGGAUAGAUUUAGGGUUCAUGUUAGGUUUAGGGAUAGAUUUAGGACAUAAGUUCGCGGGUGGUGGCAACCAAGAUGGCUAUCCCGGUGCUAUCUCUCCAAAUUUACUGCACAUCCACCUUAAUAAUUAUCCACAUCCUUUUGUCUUGUAAAUUGUUAUUUUUAUUUGUAAUUUUUGUAACCUGUAUCAUUACAAAAAAAAUUUUUUUUCAAACCAAAAACUACAGAUUCUCAUUUUUUGUGUGUCCACAACUAAACUUCAAUGGAUGCUUCUGGAAUAACUUGACUCAGACUGGAAGUAAUCAGGAGUGGUUCAUUAUUGAGAUCAAUGUAACUAACAUGAACACUAUAGAUGCAGCCAUUCAAAGUCAAAUAUUUAAAGUGGAACCAAGUCAAAACGGUAAAACAUUCACACUUUGAAACUAUAGAAAGAUUUUAACUUGUGACUAACUAAAAUGUCAAUAUUUUUUAUUUUUUUGGUAUAAUGUAAUUGACACUGUUGCUUAUUGUGGCCUGAUUAUCAGUUUAUGUGGAUUUUUAACAUUUCCUUAGUCAUAGUGAACCUAGUAUCUUCAGUUCAGUAAAUUAAAUAUAAAAGUAAAAAUAUCGAUAUCGCUUGCAAUAAGCGAGUGGUGGACGCUUUAGCUCUACGUUGAAUUUAAAUCACGUCAACACACAUGCUAUAACAAUCCCCACGCCCCCACCUUUAAAAAAAAAGUUCACAAGUCAAAACCUACAAAAUUUAAAAGAUUUGUGAUAGAGGGAUACAGAAACAUGAUCAGAAUAUCCACCAAGAAAUUGUACAAAUCUGUUCUUGUAACUGAACUAACCCUUUGCACCGCAGAUUCCGCUUUAUUGAUCUGUUUUUUUUUAAAAAUCUCACACACCUAACCCUAGAUUGACACUCAUUAUAUAUGCAUGUGUUGUAAAUAUUAACUUCAUGGUUUCUCACAUGAUUUAUUUUGUUUAGAUAUGCAAGUGCAUCAACUUUACAUCACAGUUGUUCCCGCUCAGCAUAAUUUAUUUUUCUAAAUUGGAAUUCUCUAAUUUUGUUUUUUGUUUUUUUUUACAUCUUACUGUAUCUCAGAGUUACCCAUGUUGAUUAUGUUGUUUAUUUUUCAGUCAAACCGGCACCUGUUACUGACUUGUUAAUAACAAACACCAUAACUAAAAAUAAGUUUCUGUUAUCAUGGAAUCAAGCGAGGAGUCAGUAUCAUCAAUUAAUCUUUCAAGUUUUCCACAAACUUCCAGAAGAAGAAGAUUUCAAGGUUAGUCAAGGUUGUUAAUGAUAGAGUUAUAAAAAAGCUUUUAUGCAUGUAUAUCUAUGGACUUGUGGAAUUUAUCUAUCCAAAAUAUAAUAAUAGUAAUACUUCAUAAUAAAGGUUGCUGGUUCAUUCUUAAUAACAAUAAAAUACUUCAAAAUUAAAUUGAUAUGAUAGAUGUGAAACAAAAUGUAUAUCUAAGUAAUGCAUUCCCGGUCUUUGUAAUGUUAAAAUAUAAUAUCCAGCAAGAGGGUGGGGCUGAAAAUUUAGCAAAACAUGAAUACAAGUAACUCACUUUAUAAGAAUCCCAAUUAGCCCACCCACACAUCCACACACGCACGAACACGCAUGCACACACAUACACAUAUCAAAGACACGCAACGGCAAUUUUUUAAACAAUUUUUUUAAGGUUAUCUGAACUAUAUAAGUAUUCCACUUUUACACUGCAGAUUUAUUAUGCCAACUAAGUAUUUCAAAAGAAAAUAUUAUGCACCAAACACUCUAUUUUCAAGGAUCUCAUUUAGCACAGUAAUCAGGAAUUUUAUUUCAUAAAAUCAUUGUCGUAUUUCCUUCAUCUUCCCUCUGAAAAACAGGUAAAACUGAUUUUUGGGGGUUGGGGCUGAAAAUUUGAAAAAGUGUGUUGUCAUCAGCAUUGCGUCUAUAGUUUCAGCUCGAUAGUUUGACUUGAAGGGGGUCAAUUAGCGGUCCAAAUAUUUUGACAGCCAGAUGCACACAAACAAAAGAAAAGUUAUUUAUAAAGGAUUUAAAAAUCUGAAAUACAAUGAGACCACGUAUUGUGAACUCGGGAUCACUGUAUAUAUAAUAUAUAUCCCGAAAAAUUCCAAAAUAUAGGAAAUAUGUACAGGCUCUCUAAUAAUUAAAUAAUUUUUGUGAUUACACUAGUGUCGAUUUUCCAAACACUGAUUAUCCAAAAUGCAGUUUAUCCUAGCUGCCCUCGUUUAAACAAAAUUAUUAUCUUACGAAAUGCGCAUGUCAUUUAACACUGUCACACAAAUCCAGGGCGAGUCUAGAUACACAUUGGUAUCAAGCGACCUGCGAAGACAAAAUGAGUUCGGUUUUUGUUCUUAGCACCAGUCAUCUUUUUUUUGGAAACCGCCUUUGACAGAAAAAAAAUUGCAGUACCGGUACUCACUGGUUAAUGUAUGCAACAUACGUGUAUGUAACUAAAAGUUUAUUUGGACCAAGCCUUGUUCCCAGUUUAUUUAGAAAAUCUAUCCUCUACCUUUUUUCUGUUUUUUUCUUCUUUUUUUUUCUAAUUUCACCAGAUGAUAAUGAAUAACAUUACAGCGACAAAUCUUACUUAUGAACUGAGGCCAAAUACCAUGCACACAUUCUAUGUCCAGUGCUACCCAGGGAAUGGAUACUCUGGUUACUGGAGUGAUAAAACCUUUUAUAGCUACCACACACCCGAGCAACGUAAGGAUUUCAGAAUACAUACAUUAAUGCUUACAACUAAAUUCAAGUGUUGUUUCAUAUAUAUAUAUACUUACCACUAAAUCAAAGUGUUGUUACUAACUAAAAUUAAAGUGUUGUUUCAUAAUAUAUAUAUAUACUUACAACUAAUUAAAAGUGUUUUUACAUACAAAUAUACUUACAACUAAAUUAAAGUGUUGUUACAUACAUUUAUAAAUAUACUAAAUUCAAGUGUUUUGACAUACUUUUAUACUUACAACUAAAUUCAAGUGUUGCGACAUAUAUUUAAACUUACAACUAAAUUUAAGUGUUGCUGUUUUCCGCUAACUCUAAGUUACAAAAUGCUUUAGUGUAUUUAUAUUUUUAUAAUGAUAUAGUACUUAUAGUACAGUAUUUUGAUUAUUUUUGUUAUUCUCCCCAAUCAUUGCCCAAUUUCAUCAAUCUUUUUAUGGUGCCAGAAGUUUCGUUCUGGUUUUGAUCUCGUUCAUUAAUUAAUUGUAGGGGAAAACAUUUGUGCACAGGGGGGGGGGGGCAACAAUUUUUUAGUAAUGUUUUAAUAUAGUUUUAAUUUACUGUAGCGUAUUUGUAUUGUUACGCACUGACUUGUAUUGGGAGAAAUUAAUCUCCUAUUUUAAUUUUAAUUGGCUCGUUGUAAACAGUGCCUAACAAAGGACGAUACCAUUGAGUUAACAACUUUAAAGAUAUGACACCCAAAACAUUCUCUAGUUACAAUUAAUUAAGAUUUAUUAAGUCUUAAGAUAAUUACAAAAGAAAAGAAAAUAUAAUGACAAUUUUCAACUUACAGUAUGGUAGAUCUUAUACCGGUACACAGUUAAUACAGUUAGAAAUAAUGUGCCAAUGAAUUAUGAUGAAUGCGAAAUGAACACAUGUAAGUAUGAGCACACAAAGAAUAAAACACACCUCAUAAAGUUAAUAAAAUCUAUCUGAAUCUCCGUCUCUUUCCGAGCUUGUCACUCCUUUAUAUAGGUGGGUCUACCGACGCCCAAGCCCUGCUUUCGAAAAGCUACAUAGCAUUUCUAGAACAAUCACAUUCAUUCUACAAAAUACUAUUUGGAACAGAUUAAUUAUUUUUAGUGGCUGUCGGCAUAAACACGACAGAUCAAACGACUAAGCCACACCUCUGUGAACACAGCGUCUCAUGCGAGGUCAAUCAGAGGGCACGCACGAGAAAAAUUAUGUAAACAAACUCUAUUUAACAGUAUGGUGAACGAACGGAAAGGACAUCAGCUUAGUUACUUUCUCUUUAUUUUCUCUUUACUUUAAUACAUUUUUUGUCUAUUUUUGUCUAAAUUUUUUUAUCCAAUCAAUCCUUGCCCCUACCUGCGGGCGCCCAUGGGGGAAAACUUAAUUCUUUUUUAAAAAAUGAAUCAAAGCGUGUACAAUUGCAAUUAGAAGGAAGAAAAAUAACCUUUUACCAUAGGCUUCUUUUGAUCACGGCUUGGCAAUUCUCGAGUCACAGAUUUAACUUGCCUGUUGCUGCUAAAAAUAAUAAGUAAGGGGACCAAAAAAAAUAAAAAUCUUUUCAUGGACUGUAGAAAUAAACUUAGUUCCUGGAUGAAUUUGGUUAUAUUUCAAACCCUAUUGGUUUCUCAAUUACAAAGCUUUUCCCACCCUAGCAUUCUUUUCAAUCUCUCUCUCUUGUACAGCACCAUCCUCGGGGCCCGAAACAACCAAUGGCAGCUACAGCGAUCUCAGUGUAUCAUGUGAGGGUGAUAGGCGCAAAGUAAUGGUUUUUUGGACGGUGAUUAUUUUCAUUUUAUUAAUGAUAUUCAAGGUCCCACCCAUCAGUGUUCUCACACACAGACUUAAAUUUGAAAAGUGUUUAUUUGACUUGACUUAACUCUUCGAUGCUCGUAAGAGAAGUCCACAUCAGGUGAUAUCAAUUUGUGGAAAAAUAUUUACAAACAAAAUAAUAGUAGUAUAGAGUCAAUUUAUUCAAUUUUUUAACUUGCGCAUACCGGUACAUAAUGUCAUAAAAAUAUGGUAUGUAUUGUCUCUAUAUCACAUUUGGGCUAAGGUCCUACUUCCCGUAAUUACUUGUUAUGGAAAUUGACAGAACAGUUUCUGUCAGAUGUAUAACAUAAAUGAACCUCAGUCACUGUACAUACAUUGUCAGUUGCACAUAUACAUUGUCAGUUCUGUUUUCAAUUUUCUUUGGUGCACAGCAAUAACAUCUUUUACGUUUUCUGGCUUUUUUAUGGCACAUUCUGGCUUGUGAGGUUUUGUUGCUAUUUGUGCAUGACUUUGUGUAUGGACAUUUGUCGGAAUACUUCUCUGUCUGCAGGAGAAAUCAGAUAUGGGUAAACAUAUCAAUUCUGAAGGAAAUUCAAUCAGCCUUAUCGGAAUGUCAUGAAAAUGGUACAUUUGAUUGAUCUUCAGUUAAAUUGUAUGCAUUGUUCACACAAAUUUGUAAUGUCAACCAAAUCAAAGAAUGCAAAGGUAAUAUUUUAUUCUGGCUUUCCUGUCAACUUCAUAUGGCACCUAUGUCUGGUCUAUAAGCUUAACACCACCCAUACAUUGGUUAUAUUUCUUAAUAUCAAAGGGCAGAAAACAUCUACUUUGUUAGCUAUGCUACUCGUCUCCUUAUGAGGGUUGUAGAAAUUGGCAAAAUGAAGUUGCUCAACCUCCCAACAUUCCCGCUGUCCAUCCAUUUUACACAGGCAAUAAUCCCAUGACUGGAAACAGCAGAAAUAUCCCCUUUUUUCAUGUUCUUAUCAAUCGGAAGGCAGGUUGGCAUGUUUCUCCAAUUUGUAUGAACUGUAUCAAAAGCUCGUAUGGGCUUUGUCUGCAAGGAUGUAAUUGACAAUUCGGAGAGUUGAAGAAAUUAUCCAAAAAUACCUGGCAUCUUUUUCCAGGCAAUGAUUCAAUAAGGUGCAAGUUUACAGACUCUCAAAGCUUUGCUGUGCUUUCUUACCAAGAUAUUUACAUAUCCAGUGCAAGCAUCACACCUGCACCACAUUUUAAAGUCCAAUCUUUAUUGGUUUGCCUUUUAUGAAUUGGCGCAUAAUAUUGUGGUCUUUGAAUUUGAUCAUAUGUUCUUAUGUGGAUGGUUCCUCGUUGAUGCCAAGUAUAUGUCCUGAAAGAUUGAAUUUAAGUUUUGUGAAAUUGCGCAACUGCUUCAAAUAUUUCAGGGGCAUUGGCUUUGCAUCCACAGUUUCUGAAUCUGCGAUAUUGUUCAUGUUAACUUGUCCAAAAGAUUGUGUAUUCUUGUCGUCUCUGAACAUUAAAGUUUUAUAGGACAUGUGAAAGUUAUGAGUUGACAAUUUUCAGGCGCAGCACUCGUAGAAGAAGAUGGAGAACAGCUAUGUGUGUAUGCAUGGCAUAGUUUCAACAGCUAACCUUAUCGGCUUUGGAAGGUUACUGGGAACAGCAAGUUUUGGAGAAGUAACUGUGGAAGCACUUUAACUUUCCAAAUUUGUGUCCUUCAUUGGUUGUUCUAAAACCCCACCUGUUCGAGUCUCGUCAGCAUCACCUUCCAAAAAUUCUUGAUCAUGUGUAGUCUUCAAGAUAGUCUCAUCCCCAAUAAUAUAAGCAUUCAAAUAAAGGAUAAUUUCAUCAUCAUCAAGUGUCGUGCAAGAAUAUCAUGUAAUGUUAUACAUAUUUAUGCUUAUUUUACAACUUUACAUCAACUUUUAGUAUCUAUACAAAUGAAUUCAUAAAUCUGAUCCCAAAACUACGUUCAGAUGUAAAUUUUAUGUUUGAAAAAAAGCAACUCGCGUGAAAUUUCUAGCAUGGCAUACCUGUGAAACAAGCACUGUUUAUUUGUCAUGAUAUAGCGGCUUGAAGUAUGUGGACACCAUAAAUGGUCUGACACAUUUUGGAUCCAUUGUGCCAUAUUUCGCAUUAUUGUAUGUGUAAAUAACCUACAUACAUGCAUUUUAAUGUGAAGGCCAUAUUUGUCCUGUAUGCAUCAAAGGGUUAAGAUGCUUCUUUGCUAAGAGACACUCUUUGCAAUGCCUGAAGUGUCUGUAUUGUUUUGUUUGUGAGUUGAUCUUGAGAAAUAACUAGAGAAAUACUUUAGGUGUCUUGUCUUCAAAUAUUAAUAAUGUUGUCAUGGUUAAAUACAUACUUUUUUAUGUAGGUGAAAUGUAAUUUUAAAAAAAUGUUUGCAUUUAUUUUGAUCAAUAAAAGAAUCUUACCUUAUCUCGCUGUAAAAAGAAGAGCAAGGAGAAUGUUUCAGAUUUUAUUCUAUUAUAAAUUAGUUGCAAUUACUUUUAGUGGAGACCUGCUUAAGUAUACCAGUAUUUAUAGAAAUAAUCUGCAAUAAAAAGGUGAUAGGGUUUGAGAGCAUCACCCAUUUAUAGGACUUUAUUAUGCCUUAUAAUACUUUUACUUUUAAAAAAAUUUUUUGUUAUUAUUGAAUAUAUUUUGCUGCUUAAGAAAGAAAUGAAUGCUUAUGUAUUUAUGUUUUGUGAGUGAAAAAGUUUACAAUAAACUAAAAUUUUUUUAUUUUACCAAAUUGAAAGAUUAAUUUUUUAUUGUAAUUAGGUAAUUAUAUACACUCCCAAUUUUUAAUCACACUGUUUUGAUUUUAUGCUAAAGUUUAAAUUUAAAUGCAUUUUUUCAGUACGUUAAUGAGUCGGCCAGGAAUGGUGUAAUCACAAUUUAUUCUGUGAAAUUUGAGGGCAAGGUUUUGAAGAAUGUGUCCAAUGACAGUCACAGCGCAACUGUUGAAGUGUCUUGUUAUAACAAAAAACCAGUUGAUUUGGAAAUAGCAGCUGUGAAUUCAGCUGGUGAAUCACCCAUCCCUUCAGUUGUUAGACUAGCACCUUUCAGUUUCCAAGGUAAAUUGCUAAGCCUUACAUUUCAAGAGACUAUUUUAAUUAGUUACAAGUUUUUUAAAAAGAAAAAUUCAGUUUCCAUAAUAUUAUUUAAAAAAACAAAAAAACCUUUUGUUUUAUUAAUGAAUUAUAAAUAUUCACCGAUACCGGUACUUCUAAAGUUAAGAAUAACUUUCUGCUUAACAUACAAAUAUGUUUCUAAAUUUUUCUUAUCACCAGUAAUUUAAAAAAUAAAAAAAUUUUCUUUUGACUGCUGGUGCUAUUAAAAAAAAAAAAAAUCAAACUAGAGCUAAUGUACAUUUGCCAAACUAAGCAUUUAAAAAUCUUAGCUUAAACUCAAAUGCUAUAAACAUUUUGAUUUAGUGCCUUCAAAAGUUAAAGAAUCCUUUGCUAUUGAAUGGAAUGGAACUAAUGCCAAGGCAUUUUGGAAUGGUAGUGAUCACAACAUGAAUAUCAGCUAUACUGUGUUUUGGUGUAUUGAAGAUACAGAAUCUCCUUGUAAGGUAAACUCUCCCUCAGGCACUCAAAAUUUCUUUAAGUUUAAGUUGUGACCCCACUUUAUAGAAGCAAAGUGACCUUCGACCCAUUUGUAUAGAAGGAAAGUUACUCACAGCCUUAUUUUAUAGAAGCAUGUAGAGACCCUGAUGUCUUUAAAAAGAAAAUUAAUAUUAAAAGAGAAGACACACUAUAAAUAAAUGUGACCCAUGGGCUGGGAAUCAGGGCAAAGUAAAAUAACUAAACGUUUUUUUUAGUGAUUUGUGUGCUAAUUUCAUUGUUAUUUUUUUUUUAAACAUAUUGUUUCUAGUACAGGGUAUAGUAUAAACAUAAAAAAUUUCUGUAUGUACAUUAAUAAUUUUUUAAAAAAUCUUAAGUGUGCAUUCUUAUUCUAAGUGAAGUGACAUUACUGUGCAAGCUGAAAUUUGGAAAAAAUUUUAGAUUUCCCAUUAUUUGUUUUUCUUUAUCAAAACUGCAGCGUAAAAUCAAGGGAACACGUUAUUUUCAUAAGUACUGAUAAUGCAAAGCUUCUUAGUCUUAUUAAACAAAGUGAGUUAUUCUCACUAAAUUUUGGUCUGAAAAACUUCAAACUGUAUAUGUUGUGAAGUUGUAUUUUUUAAGACAAUUGCUGCAUUUCUGAGAGUAAUUUUAACUUGUCUCAACUCUUACAGGGACCAAUUUACUGGAGGCAUGUUCCAGAAUCUCAGCCCUACUUGGACAUCCCAGAGUUGCCAUCAAAAGCAACUGAUUACCGUUUUGGCCUGGCCGUGAGAGAUGGGGAGAAUGCAUCAGGAAUACAAUGGACAGAUUGUUGGUUUAAUCCUCAACCAUGUAAGAAGAAUUUUAUGGGCAAGUUUCAAGAAAUAAAUCAAAUCUAUGAAAAAAAUUAAUCAGUAAUUUUGUUUUUUUUUUUAAAUUUUAAUGGAGUUAAAUACAAACAAUGCAGCACUGUUUUUGAGGUAAAUAUUUAAUAGACAUGAACAUAAUUUGUUUUGGAUGGUGCAAAUCACAGAAGAUAAACUAUAUAACACUGGUGUUUUUUAAGAGAUAAAACUUGCAGCUUUAACUUUAAAGCUGAUUUUUAAUGUCAUGUAUGAUUGUUUCAAAUCUGUAUGUCAAGUAUAUUUUUAAAAUAUCUAUCUCAUGAUGAUUGUGAGAACUUUUUAUUGAGAAGUACCAGUAUUCAUAAAAUGUUUCUUUGCAAAUUUUGCAUAGAUAUCCCCUCCCCUCAAAUCCCAAUUUAUUCACAGCUGUGCCAUGAAAAAUUUAAUGAUCUUUUAUCUUAAUAUGUUUUAGUCGCUUAUUAGAUCAAAUUGAAUUUAUUUAUAGUUUUAUUUUAGUCAUUCCCUUUAUCAUCAAAAGACAAAAGUUAUUCAGAAAUCCUCUAUUUGAUGAUUACUUUCCUAUAACUUCUGUUGUUCUUACUUUUUCUUUUCUUCCCUUAAUUCUAUAACUUUUUGUGUAUAGAAAUGAAUAUCAGUAUCAGUGUUGGACAUUAUAUCAAUACAAUAAGUAGGUCAAGAUCAAGAUCCACCACCCAAAAAAUAUAUCCUCUAGGUUAAUACAAUGCUGCUUUUAACUAGACCCUUGUGGAGUAACUUUGAAUGAGAUCAUAAAAAAAACUAAAAACUGUUUGUUUGUGGUGUGAUUUACCAUGUUAAAAAGUUCUGCCCUUGUCAUCAUACAUGUUUGCUAUAUUUUUAAAAUACCUGACAAACUGUAUGAAGUAACACAUUGAAUUGUGGGCAGCCCUGCAGUCACAAGUUUAAAUAAUGUGUAAAAAUAACUAUUAUAUGUAUAGAUUUUAUAAUGUGGGAAGGGGGGUGGGUUUGGUGAAGGAUUAGUUUAACUACUGGUACACUAAAUAGAGUAUGAGGUUUCAAUAGACCAACAGAGACACCGGGCAGGGCCUUUAUUUAUGUAGCCAUGUUGUGGCGUGGUUACAUUUUAAAAAUCACAAUCACAGAAACAGAUCUGAGAACUAUAGCUUUAUUCUUAGGUACAAUCCGUUGACAGUAAAAUCUCUCAUACUUAUCCACUCAUUAUCAGACUCAGCUGACUACUCGUACACAGAUCAGAAACAGAAAAGCCCACGGGUUUAAAUCCCCACUGCCUUAUGUAGUCCAAAAUUGAUGUCAACGUCAUGAACUGUUUAUCAGUCCUAUGUGGGACAAGUCCCCAGUGGGACAGGUAUGCCCAGCUCAGUGACUGUGAACAUGUAUAAAAAAUCAUGUCACAUGAGCGUAUUUUCUUUGCCCCAUCGGUGGCACCCUGCAAACAUAGGUAGCACCCAGCCACAUAUAAAAAUGAAAUAAAAGUUGCCAGAAGUGGUACAUUGCCACAUUUACAUAGGAUCCUUUCAGCUUGAACUUGAAGAUGAAUGUACACACAUACAGGCCUAUACUAUAUAAUACAAACAGUAAACAACAAAAUUUAGCCACUUAUAGUUGAAUUCAAAAGCAAGUAGACCCAAUUUGAAAAAUUAUACAAAACCCAUAGCAGCCUGUUGUCAGUAACUACAGAAUUUUUGUACCGGUAUGUUUUCCAAUAAAAAAUUCUCUUGUAAAACAGUCAUUUAAUUUAAUAUCUCAUUAUCCCAGGUUGUUCCAUCAAGGGGUGUAUGCAAAUAAUAUAGCUGAUAAUAAAACCUAGCUUUUAAAGCAAACAUUUAGUUUUGUGCCAAUAUUAUAACAAUUUUCCUUCAAAUAAUAGUAAAAAAUGCAUUGUUUUAAAGAUGAAGAACAUUAUUAGUAUGGUAGUAAAUAAGGAACUCACAUGCCCAGGUACUAAACGAGAUUGGCUAUCAUUAUUUUUUAAAUCAAGAAAAAUAACAUUUUACACUACCAACCAGGUAUAUUUUUAAAAAAACAUUUUAGAACAAUUACAAAGAAAUUUCCAAAAUUUGUUUAAGUCUAAAUGAAUUUGAUUAAAAAAAUACAGGCAAUAGUAGAUAUUUUACUAUUUUUCAGCUAAAUAUAACAUCUGACAUGUUUGAAAAAUUCAAGCCAAACGAGAUACUACUCUAUAAAUCUUUUGUUAAUAUUUUAAUAAUAAAAACACAACUCAUGCAACCGUCCCCUCAAUGAUAACUAUUUGAAAAUAUUUGCUAAAUAUAUUACAGCAUCUUUGCCAUCUCCUGAGAUACUGAACAUACAACCAGACACAGAAUCUGCAACCGUUGUGUGGCUGAAAAUUCAGUGCACAAAGAAGAGUCAGAUACUACUGACUGGGUAUCGAGUCUUGUGGUGUCAGCAACAGAAGUGUAAUGGUAAGGUUUUGCAGUCAGAUAAUCUGUAAAUUAUUAUGAGCUUCAUUGAGGGGUUCUUUAUGCAAAAUCUGAGGGUCGGCAACUCCAGUGUGAAAGAAAGAGCCUAUAAAUUACUAUAAAGCCUUUGUCCAGCCACUUUUAGAUUACACAUCUUCCGUCUGGGACCCAUUCACCCAGAAGAGCAUUGACAGAUUGGAGUUGGUCCAAUGGGAAGCACGCUUUGUUCUGAAUCGCUACAGGAACACCUGUAAUGUUGGCAGCAUGCUGGAAACACUGGGCUGGUCAUGAUUGGAGGAAAGAAGAUAAUUAUCCAGGCUCUCCAUGAUGUACAAGAUAAAUAAUGGGCUGGUUGACUGCUCCGGCACACAGAAGCUUGUCCCUCUCCUCCAUAGCCAGUGACGAGGCCAUGACAGGCACUUCUGGCUAUAUAGAAGAAGAGGAGUUUCACUUAUUUGUUUUAUCAUUUGGCUGAUUAUCCUAAAGAAAAUAGUUGAUAAAAAUCUGAAGAUUUCAUUAGCUUUUACAUCAUGUUAUUUUCAAAAUUUAAAAAACUGUUGGAUCUUUCCCAUAAUUAAAAGCCAUUAAAAGUAUUUUGAUAUCAAAUAAAUCUGUAUCAUAAAAAGGUAAUUAAUCCUGUGUUUUUCCACUAAAGAUGACAAAAUUUACCCUGCAUAGAAUCUCUGAAAUAACCCUGUCAUUAAAGCAAAAGAAUUAAACAAUUUUGACCUUUCAUUUUCAUUAAUACAGAUUCAAGCAGUAUCCAGAGUUUAGAUUUAGCAGCUACAUUAUCAUCUGUCAAGGUGUCCAGACUUGAUGCCAAUACCAUCUACAAAGUGGCAGUCCUGGGUAAAGUUCAUGAUCAGUUGGGUAAAGAACUCCUUUGGAAGGAAGUGACGCCAAAACCUGCUGGUUAGUCAAUUUAAAAACUACAAAUCGCACGGUACAAAGAUAAUUUAGUUAUUUUUUUAGGUUGAUCAUUUGUUUAUCCUGUUGAGAUGAACAUCAGAAUAAAUAUUAAUAUAUUGUCUUGCAACAAUUUGACAUCAAACUGUAGAAAAAAUCCAUGUUUUUCAAGGCAAUUUCCAUCAGACUUAUACUGCUAUAUUAAAUGCAAGAAAGUCUGAGAAUAAUUAAUGCAGAACAUUUUAGAUUUGAGAUGCAAAAUUUAAAGCAGUAGUGUGUACAUUAGGGCAGCAUAACUAAUUAAUUAAGUGCAGAAGAUUAGCCUGUUCUUUUUAUCUUUUUUUCCCCAGAAAGCAAAAUGCUUGUAAUUGUAAUGUCAAUUUCUGCAAUAGUUCUAGUUCUUGUUCUUUCAUGCUUUGGUGCUAAGGUUUUAUACAAGUAAGUCUUAUUAUCAAAAUUAUUUAAAUUUAAAGAUUCAUAUUAAAGGCUAGUAGUAUUAGUAUAUUCUUAUAAAAACAAUGACAGAAUUUAAAAUCUAUUGUAAUAAACAGUUAACCCAAAACAGCCCAUAGAAUUCUUAUUUUACCCUCGAACUGUGGUUGGCCGAUGAAAUCGCCCGAUAUUCUCGUUCUGUGCUGUGGCGGCCGAAAAAAUCGGCCGAUAAAAAACACGGUCCGAUAGCAACUUCCAAUCCAAUAUUUAACCAAAAUCAUAGCCAUUUCCUUUUAUUAUUAAUUAAAUCAACUUCCUGGUCAAGCUGUUUCUUGAUAACUUAUCAAUAAGUACUUUUAAAUUGGAAUUUUAUAUCGCUGUUUUUUUAAAAAGCAAAAAUGACGGAAGCUAUGCCAGGGCCUUCAGUGCGAGAACUAAUAUAAAUAUUUUUUUAAAGCUUUUUAGGAGAGGAUUUAAGUGAUACUGAUGAUGAUUUUAACAUUCCCUAUGACAUCUCACUUCAGAUUUUUCUUUUCGUGAAUCUGAUAAUAGUCUUAGUGAUACUGAAGUAGGCCUACUGAGGCUACUGUUAGACUUCGAGCCAGGCCCGGAGGUUGGGCAAGGACUGACUGAAUUUUAGUCACAGAAGCUACAGAUUAUAGUUCAGAACUAAUCAAUUUUUAUAGUUUAACAAACCAAAUCAGUUCCACAGUUCCUUUUUAAAUGUUUACUAGUCAAUAAUAACUAUUUUGUCAGAGGUUUUGUAUUUUGUACUUGGUUUUAACAGUGGUCCCAGUUUCUUUUAUAAAGGACCUAAAAUUGCUAGAAUUGCUUUCAGAGGUUUAAUUUCAAUCACAACCUUAGCAAACAAUACAUUUUCUGAUAGAUAAAUGAAUUGGCUACAACAUGUAGAUUUGUGUUUUAAGUGUAUCUUUAAAAAUUAUUGAUGUUAUGAGCACUUGAAAGCAAGACAUUUGUUGAUUUUUAUUUUCUUGAGAACUCCAAGGUCAAGGACAUUGAGAAAAUUUUUUUUUACAGGGUGGGCAAUAAGGCAAACUUUAUCCCCAUCCAUUUGCCUUUCUAAAAAUAUAUAAUUAUUGGGGUCUUGCAACAAUAUUUCUAUGUCAUUUAAUGCAAUUUCAAAAGGGACUCAAAAAGCUCUGAAAAGCUCCACACCACAGAAUGAUGCAUGCCACAGUUUGAGUGUUAAAAUGUUAAACUGAAGAUACUCUUUUUGAAGCCUGUUUCAUUAUAAGUAUAAGCUAGAAUCCUUGCUUUGGAUGGGAAAAGCCUGGAAAGCGUAUAUAAGCCGCUCAUAAACCAACCCUUUAUAUAUUAUAAUAUUCAAGUGUUAUCAAUAUCAUAUCCUAGAAUAUCUAAGAUGAGGUUAUGCUGGUGCUGUAAAUGAAUGAACAGUGCUUAUUGGUGUUGCUGUAAACACUGAAUUCACUUGUCGCCUUGGCAGAGGGGAAAUAAUGAGAUACGGAUGAGGAAAAACUGAACUGUUACUCAGUUGCUUAUCAAUGGAUGGGAAACAAAUUCCGCACAGUGGAACCCAGAUGUAGACAGGAACCUGAGUAAUUUACUCAGUUGACUCAGCCUCUGCAUAUGAGACAUAUUUCCCUGGAACAAUGUGUGAUAAUGGACUCUUUGGAUUUAGCAAUAUUUACCUGCUUCCUGUUAUCAGACUUCAUUUUAAGGGUUAAAAAAAUCUGGUUCUGGACUUUCCAACCUUAAAGUGAAGUCAUCAGGCAGGGUACUUAGCUCAAGCACUUGAUUGAAACCGUAAUUGAAUUUGAAUAGAAUAAUAAAUUAUGGACUCAGUAAAAAAAACUCUACAAAUUGAAUGUUGUAAAAAAAAUAUUUGCUAUGAAAUAACUUUAUUGCUCCAAAUGGAUGAUGGUGAUAAUUUGUGUUUAAUUAAUCUGUACCAUAGGUUCCAACGGUAAUUUACAGGGUUCAGGAAAGCCUGUAACUGUAAUUAUUAUAGCACCUCACAUCAGCACCUUAACUGUAACUUCUUUUGAAAAGAACUUUGUGCAUUGUUGUUAGGGUUGUGAAUGGGGUUUUCAGAUAGGCCUGGUCAUCUUACAUUCAGUGCAUAUAAGACUUAAAAAAUGCAGCGUGUACACAAAUUAUAAUAUAACAUUUGUAAUUUAUUAUGAAUUAUUUAUAAAUUGCUGUCAUACUUGUAAUAAGUAUAAAAAAAGAUCACAUUUUCAAAAGGCCAACUGAUUUGCUCAUUAACAGGUUGUUUACAUAUCAUCUGCAGGUCUAAUCGGAAGUGUUUAUAUAACUUAUGGGUGUUAGCGAUAGUGUUAUUCGUUUAAAUUUAAGAGUGAAAAUAUUUAUCUUUCAUUUGAUAAUGCUAUUUUUUAACAUAGGAAAUUCCCUCAAAAUCGUUUUUUUUUUUUAAAAAUUAAAUUUUUAAGCAAGGAACAAUAUUGCGUUUACUUCUACUUGUAAAACAGUAUGUGUUAAAAUACGAAGUGUCUACACUUAAAAUAAACGAAGUGUCUACACGUCCGGCGCGCCUGACAAAUAGUGCGCAAGAUAUACGGGAAUUUUAAAGAUUAAUAAUACCGUUAAUAAAAAAAAUAAUGUUACUGAGAUGAUACUAGGGAUAAGAUCAUAAAUUUUCAAAGACUUUUGCGCUAAUCAUUCAAAAUUUAUACAUUUUAAUGUUUUACCAGGAAUAUUUUGCAGGCCUGCUUUAACUUUCAGUGGGCCGCGCCCCAUGUUGUCCAUGGGCUUUAGACUGCCCACCUCUAUAGACUAUGCAUCCUUAAACUUAAAUACCGGUACUAUUAAUUUAACAAUAGCUCCUUUGUUUUGGAGUAAAUAAGGGUAGAUUUUCAUAAAUAUAAUAUCUGACAAUAUACUCUACAGUAUAUAAUAACAGUGAGGUGAGAAGAUAAUAUUAAUAAUGACUAUUUUUUUCAUGCAUAAAAUAUGGAUGGACCCUAUAGUCUAUAGACUAUAGAAAAUUACAAGUUAUAAGCUAAGUAUUAACUCAAAUUACUGACUUGUUUUUAUAGAAAUUGCCAGAUUUCAAGAGAACGUACUAAAGGACUUCAAAUUGUGGUAAACAGUUUUAACAGCAAAAUAUUAAAAAUUAUAUCUACAUUACCCGAUAUUUCAAAUGAAGUUAUUUAAACAAAAUUUGAUUGUUUAAGUGAACCAUUAAAAUAAUAAGAUUUAAUUGAAAAUAGAAUAUAUUAUUUUAAUUGAAAAGAUUACUGUGAUUACUUACAAAAAAAAAAGAGAGCUUGCAGAUACGCUUUUUUUAAAAAUUAAUGUGAAUGCAUUUUACAAAUAGAGAAUUAGAAAAAACCUAAAUUGCACCAAAUUACAAUAUUAAAAAAUUUGCUUGAAGUUGAAGGGUUUAUAUUUAUACUAUUACUAUAAACUAGUAAAUUGAGUAAGUACAGUAUUUGAUAAUUUUAUUGGUUAACUGUUUUGUUUUAAUAAAGAUAAUUUAAAUGCUAGGAAACAAAUUAUGCAUCCCCAAGAAUGGAAGACAUGAAUUCAGCAUCCGCAGAUGAAUUAAUACUAGAGGUAAGGACAAAGUUACAUUUAAAUUUAUUUUUAGAAAUCUAAUUGUCUUGUUAAAAAGAUAGCCUUGUUUAAGUUUAACUUAAGUUUUAUAUAAUUUCUCUAGCUCAACUAAAUGAAAAAUUAGUUUUUUUACUCUAUGGCCAGACUAUUAGCUACUGUAUUGUUAAAAAAAUGUGGUACUAAAAUAAUUUAUUUUCUUUUUUGCCCUGUUUUAUUUCUGUGGAGAUGUUAAGAGGCAUCUUAAUAGGUUAUUUAUAAGAACAGUAGUUUGGAGCCAACCACUCAAUCACCCUGGGAGUUAGUUAAUAAAUAUUUGUUAUUAUACAUGUUUUUAAAAAUAUUUUACAUUUGUUUUUAACUGUUCAUUUUAUACUAAAUAAAUUUCAUAAGUUAUUAUUUUAAAAAAAUUAGCUAAUUUUUACAUAAGAAUUAAUAAAAAACUUUAAAUACUUUAAAAUAAUUUUUUAACAAUUUUAAUUCAUGUUAACACGAAUAAAAUCAAAAUGAAUUGUUUUGUUUCUCUCAGAAUCCACCAGUUCCGAUGAACCAAACAAACAGGAGCAUUGCUGAAAGCCCAUCAUCUGUCCUAAAUACAGUUUCAGAUUCCAGCUCUUCUGACUCGUCAGGGAGGGGUUCUGACAGCAAAAGUCUUUUCACUACAAAGCCAAAGAAAUCCCAGGGAGCCAAAAAUCCCAAAAUUAAUUCUAAAAAUUACGAGUCCCCUCAGACGAUCCCAUCUACCACAGAGGGAUCCACGGGCACAGGGAUGCUGGAUGAACAGGAGACAUCACUUCAAGAUGGAAGUGACUAUUUCAAAUUUGGUGAUGUCUAUAAUCAGGGUUUGUCUAAACUUCACACAAUCUCUGUAGUCUCACAUUCCACUGACAACUCCAAUACUGGAGAACAAAAUAGGUGCAGCAUGCAAGAAUUGAAUAGUCAUAAAGGCUCAGCGAAUACUAUUACUAUUAACAGAAAAAUGGCGCCUAAACCCUUAAAUGUUUCACAAGAGGAAAUAGUGGCUGUCUCUAUAGGACCUAAUGAAAGAAAAUCUUCAAAUUUGGUCAGCGUUGAGGAAUACAUGACAAUAGGCCAGAUGGACGCAAUCCUACAAAAAGUUGUGAUUAACAUGGCAGAUGCUCAUACAUCACCAAACAGCUCUUCUAGUAUACCCUACUUAGAUUCUGGGACUAGUUUAAACCAGUUAAAGUCCAAGUCGUCCCAGAAGUCAUUACAGAUUUUUCCUGAUGACUUAAAUGAUAUUGCAAUACUUUCCUUACAUUCCACAUCUUAACAUACCAUCCCUAAGACUGAGAGUAAGAGUCUUGUAGAUGCUUCGGGAAAUAUCACUGACCAGCCAAUUUUAGAUCCUACAUUUAACUAGAUUAUACUUCUCAAGAAAACAUGUUUCCACAAAAGACAUUUUUAGCUACCGGUACCAGUACAUCUGUGCAUAUCAGUAAUAUCACGCCUUGCUCAAAUUUCAAUGAGUUGGAGAAUAAAUUAAUUGCAGAUCUAUGAUCUGAUGUUACGACAGAUUGUCUGAAAAGUGUCUGUGAGUUAUCUUCAUCAGAUUGCAUCCCCCUUAACAAAAGCUAUGCUUUAGAUUAUGAAUCACCCCUAGUUGGUUCUGUAUCUUCUGUAUCAAGGUAUGUUGAACAACUGAUAAAGCUCAUUACUCUUAUGGGUCGAGAUUCUAUCUCAUAGGACCCUGACCAUGAAACAUGGCCCAGUAGUCCCUAAGGACUCCGGCCAUACAACAAGGUAUCGAGUAGAGGGGAUUUGGGCAGUUUGCUUCCACUCAUUAAGGGGGAGGUUUUCGUCACCACCCCCCUUGCUCAUUGAGUCAUUCGGUCUGGAUGUUUGUUUGGAACAGUUUUGCUUCCUCUCCGGGGAUGGUGUCGCGUUACCUCUCCCCACUGUCCAGGGAGUAGUUCGGACGGGAGUAUGUCUGGACGAAACGGUCACCUAGGAGCAGCUUUCUCAAGGCCGCUUGUCUUUAAUCCUCAGUGAGGGUUUUGUUUCACCCAAGCCUCAUAUCCAUUAUUGGCGACACGUAAUCAUGUUAGCGCGCAACUUCCGUUGCGUUGGAAGUCAUGCGUUUGGCCGGGAUUUUUUAGCUUCAGGAGGAAACCUCCCUACUGGUCCGUCACGCCACGAAGAGGCAAAAUCCCAUGUAACACCACCGAGCCAGUGAUGCCGAGCUUCGCCCUCACAGUGCUCGGUCUCGGCCCGACGGGUGUUGAACAACUAGUUUAUUCUAUUUCUAUAUUAGAAUAUGUGGACCACACAGUUGAUUUUGUAUUAGAGUUAGAUUAUGUGAAAUAGUGAGUUGGUUCUGUAUCAGAUUAUGUGUCAGACUUAGUCCUCUCUUCAUCUUAGACACAUGGAUUAGGAUGAAACAGUGGGUACUAUUAACCUAAUCCAACUGACCAUAGAUCACCAACAGAUAAUUGAAUCUAAUACCAUCACUUUUCCAAAUCAUAAACUUUUGGAAGGCCUCCUACAUAUCACAUUAUGAUUAUGUGCCACAUUUUUAAAGAAAACUUAACUUAGAAAGGGGCAUAGUAUUCACUUUAAAACUACUUAGGGAUGAGGGUAGGGGAGUAAGAAUACAUGAAGUGUCACAAAGGACAGCAGUAAUGGGAGACACUGAAUCAAGUAGUUAUAAAAUGAAUACUGUACUGUUAAGUCAUAUCAUUGUCAGUAUUGUCAAAAUAAAUUCAUGACAUGUACUCAUGAACAAAUUAAGCAUUUGCAAUAUAACAGACACUAAACUAUUUUCUGAUCUGGCACAUCUCAAUUGAACAAAGUGUACCAGUUUAUGUAUUUCCAUGUUCAAGGGAGCACAAAUAAACAAACAUACAAAUGAGGAUAAUAAUGCUUUUGUACAUAAGAGCUCUGUAACGGUACCAGUACUUUUAUCAUCUAUUCUUAGUAAAAAAAUGUUUUUUUUACAUUAUUUGCUACUAUAAAGAAUGCUUUUGUUACAAUUUGAUUGAAUCAGGUGCAAUAUUCCAUGUGGUUUAUGUAUGGAAAAACAAAGUCACCACUCUUCACAGCCUUUGUGUUCGUAUUACCUAGUCUUGAUGAGACCAGUAUUCAGGGAUGCAUUGUGUCUUGUACUAUUUAGUGUUAAAUCGCUAUCUACUGGAUUUUAUAUUAUAUUUUCUAGUCUACAAAUACUUAACUCUUUUUAUAGUGAGUUUUGCUCAAAUUCUACAUUGCUUGUUAUUAUAUGUUUAUCUUUUUACAAUUUGAUGUGAAUAAGAUAUAUAGGUACUAUAUACACAUGUAAAAAACAACCAAUCACAUGGAUAUAAUUUUUAGAGGACAGCAAUAUAAUUUAAAAAUUACAGCUGUCUAUUUGACUAUUCCUUUGAGGUGGAAAGAUGUUUUUAGGACAUUUAGUUUAAGUUUAAGACAGUUUUCAUUGUUUGUAAUGUUUCUCUUUCUGCAUUUUGAUUAAUGUUAUGUUUUCUAAAAAAAUCUGGUUAGGAAAGUUUAUUGCUCAUGAAAUUAGAAAUAAAGCUAGUAAAUAAAUUGUAGAAUGAAACAAUUUAAAUCAAUGAUGUAUCCUUAUAUCCUUCACUAGUACCUGUAUAAGAAGUAAAUUAAGUCAAAAUAUUGUUAAGUAUGAAAAAGAUUUUUUAGUUGUUAUAUUUAUCAAUGCAAAUAAUGAUGAAAAGUGAUGAUAAAACUUGAGUUUCAAGUGUGAAUGACUUGGGCCCAAAUGAUAGUUUUAGACGUCUACUAGCUGAAUUUCAUCUAGUUUGGAUGCUUGUAAUAAAAUAAAGUUAAUUUAUUUAAAAUAUUUGCAUUUUCAAAAUGGACAAAAUAAUGCAGACACUUUUUCUUACAAUACCGUACAAGCUUCAUCAUUGUGCCUUGCUGAUUGUAUAAAACAUUUUAAAUAUUCAUUCUGACUACUGCAAGCCUUACAAUUGGGUCUUUACACCUCUUGUGAAUGAACCUGGUGCCAUUUUUUCCCCAUUCCUACAUUGUUUGAAACAACAUUCCUUUUUUUUUUUUAACAUUGUUGGUGUUUGUUAUUUGAUCUGUUGUUAAAAACAAUGGGGAUCUUUCACUUCAAAUUCUUUCUAUAGAAGUCACCAGUAGCAAAACAUUCACAAACACUAAUAAUUUCUACAGGUACUUUAGGCACAUCAUACAGUAAUGAAUUUAGCAUUAUUAUUUAAUUCACAUUUACUAGUACCAGUGCAAUUGAAAAUUCAAAAUAUGCCAGAAAUUCAUUGCAUCUUUUAAAAUUUUUAAAUUUUUUUUAUCCAAGUCAACAUUUUGUUUAUCUAGUCAACAUUUUGUUUCAUUACCUUGUAAAAUAAACUACCGGGUACCAAAACAUUUGCUUAAACAACUGAAGCUAUUUUAAUAAAUCUUGUGCAUUGUAUAAUAUGUAAAUAGAGUAAAUGAGCAAAGAUAUUUUGUAUCUUGAUUUGUACUUUUUUUCCUUCUGAAAUGUACUAAAAUUGAAUUUUGUAUGUGUCAUUUGAUAAGCAGUUUACAUAAUGAAAAACCCUAAUACUAAUAUGAUACCUAAAAUCAUCUCUUUAGCAAUUGAUUAACAUUUAUAAAAAAUUUUUUGUCAUAAGUUAAAUUACAUGUAUCCAAGAAUGGAGGAAAACUAUUUUGUGUGAGCAUAAGAGGCAAGAAUCUCCCAUACAUUGGAACCCCACAUAAUGUGCCAAGCUAUAGGCGACUUUGGAUAUAAUGUGAUCUUGACAUGGCUCUUGAAAUUUCAUAUAUCCAUUCGCACAUAAAUUAUCACAGAACAUGAAAAAGUGUAGGCCUAUACUAUUUAAAAUAAUCUAACUUCAUUUUAUGGGACAAGAUAACUUAUGAACUUGAAUACCGGUACUCGUAAAACUCAACAUAGCUCUCUAACCACAGGAGAUUAAAAAAAUUUACAUAACACAUAAAUACACAUAUUUUCUCUGCAAGAAAUGAAUAUUGUAAAAAACCUGAUUUUCAAGUUUAUCCCAGCUAUUAAUGGUAUCUUCUUCUUCUUCUAUAUCUUAAGGGCCCACGAUCAAUUUAUCUAAAUUUAUGAAACACAAUUAUUGUGUUGUAGCGGGGGUUCCUCUGUACUAACAGAACAAUUAGAGAUAUCUCUAUCUCAAGAUUAUCCGAACGUCAUUGAAAUAUUAUUUGUCAAAAGCAAUACCCCCAGUACAAGUUCAAGAAGGAAAAAAUAACUUUUUAUCAUUUUAAAUCUAAAGAAAACCUUAGUAUGUAGUUUAUAUUCUAUUAGAAUUCUAUGUGCAGAAAUAACUAUUUUUUGCUUAUUUUCAUUCAAAGUGUUAAUGUUAUGUUAGCUUAUUGGAUCCCUGUUUUAAUGGUCUACCCGGUACUUACCAUAUUGUUUCUAUACAUUCCAUUUCCAUGACCAUAUUUUUUGUUGUUAGUUUACUUUAUUUUGUUAAACAAGGUUUGAAACUUGAAUCAAUUUGAAAAUUUUCUGAACCCAUAAGUGGAGUAAAAAUUGUAAGUAAUUAAAAACAAUUUUAUUUACCGGUAUUAAAAAAAACAACAACAACCCACCAUCUGAAUAAAAAC